UAAUGUAUGCACAAAUCUCAGUUUUACCUCUAAUUUACGAUACUUUCCAAAGUUUCUCCCUUAUCUCAGCAGAAAGGGAUACCUCAUCUGCCAAAACAGUAUCAAAGGGUUUAUUUUUGUACCUCUUUUCACCCAAAACUGCUCAUAAGUUUAUUGCUAACUUACAGCCACAGGACCUUAAUAGUAGGGAGUCAAGCUAUGGUGCACUUAGCUACAACGGGUACCUACUCUCAAACAAAAUAGAUGCUAGUGCUGAACAGGUCAGAGAAGAGACUAGGAAAAAUCAUGAAAUUAUUGAAAUCAUGAAAGCCAACCAGCUUGAAGAGAACAAGUUCAGAAUUUGGAAGUCAACAAACAUCCAUAAAGCGAUCAGGGAGCUGAAAUAAGUCAGAUAAUCAGAUAAAAUUAUACCGAAGUGCUCAGAAGCAGAAAUAAGAAGGACCUUAAACUUCUUGAAAUGAAGAAGAGUAAGGCCACGCUCCUCAUAAUAUUUAGACUUCACUAAAUAA